GAAGGAAAAGGAAGAAGCAAUUGACCUUGUGAGAAGAAGUAAUGGAUGACGCGUGCAUCCUAACACGGACGAGGGAGGUUCAAUCUGUGUGUGAGAACUUCGAUAAAUGGAGGAUGCUUCUUGGCUAAGAAAAUCUGCACACAGUUUGAUUUAUCUACCAGUCUUUUUCUAACUACAAGUCCACAGAUGAAAUCCUUACACCUCCUCCUUCUUGUCUACUCUUAUAUAAGAAGUUCGGUUCUUCAUUUUAUGAACACUGCUUGCUUUUGUAACAUUACCACAAAUAAAAUUAAAAACCAGAGUGUUUGCAACUGAAGGUUUAAGAGAAAAUGACAUUCCGUAGACACCCACCUCCUCCACCACCAGAUCCUUUUGCACCUCCUCCACCACCAGAUCCUUUUGCACCGCCACCUCCUCCUCCACAUCGACCCUUUGACAGCCCACCACGUCAUCGUUUUGCACCGCCUCCCCCACCUCGGCCCUUUGACACUCCACCACCAGAUCCUUUUGCACCACCACCGCCUCCGCCAAGACCCUUUGGUCAUCAACCACCCCAUCAUCACCACCAUCCACCUCCACCUCCUGGACCUCCUGGACCCCCUGGUCCUCCCCCACCACCAUUCUUUGAUCCCUACAGGCCACCACCUCCUCCUUACUAGCAAGUACUAAAAUUCUAUACACUUCAGCCUGCAUACGUAUAUUAUAUAACCUAGUAACCUUCCGUCCUCUUAUCUUGCCUAUGUGCAAGAUAGAUGUGUAAAGUAUUGGAUUUGGAUGUGCAAGAGGUUGUCUGCCACACAAGGGAAAAGAACAGAAAGCCAUCCAUCUGCUAUUCAUGGAUCAAGAAAGAGAGGUGUGUGUAUACACACACAUAUAGAAUGGUUUUUCAAGGGUGUACUUGUUAGUAUUAUUAUCUUCUUUUAUCACAAUGUACUUUUAUGAUUGAUGUGCUUCUAUGAUCAAUAAAUCAUUUGUAUUUUGCUCUAUUGACUUUGAAAUAUAUUACAAUUUGUUCAA